CUCUGCAAGUGAAAUUCUACGGAAGAAAUUGAUCGCGGACGGGUGUUCAUACAAACUAGUUCCGGAUAUCAACAAUCUGGUGGCUAACUACCUGAAACGUAAUCCCUACUCCACAUUCUUCUACAGAGUGGAUUAAAAGAAAUUCCGGAACAGGAUGGAUAGUGAAGAGAGAACCUACGGUGGCUGUGAAGGACCAGAUGCCAUGUAUGUGAAGUUGAUCUCUUCAGAUGGCCAUGAAUUCAUUGUGAAAAGAGAACACGCCUUGACAUCUGGGACUAUCAAAGCCAUGUUGAGUGGGCCAGGUCAGUUUGCUGAGAAUGAAACCAAUGAAGUGAACUUCAGGGAGAUUCCAUCUCAUGUCUUGUCAAAGGUCUGCAUGUAUUUUACCUACAAGGUCCGUUACACCAACAGCUCCACAGAAAUACCUGAAUUCCCCAUCGCUCCGGAGAUCGCACUGGAACUGCUCAUGGCUGCAAACUUUUUGGAUUGCUAAAGUUACAAGAUAAUGUAAAUGCUUGAAACAUUUUUAGAUCUUUUUUUUGAAUAUUUAACUUGUUUUCCAUGUACACCACAUGAAACAUGAAUGAGUAUAUCACAAUGAGGGUUUUUUUUUUUUGUUUGUUUUUUUUCCACCGGGCUUUCUGCCCUAAUUUUAUUAGUAUUAAAGGAUUUAAUUUUAAAAUAAUAAAUGGAUAUGGCAGGUUGCAUCCCUUUCCCAAGAAUGUGAUAAAUGUGCCCCCUGCCCCAGAAAUCUUUCUUCACCUCUGCAUCUCAAUAAAGACCUGUUUGGUGAGCA